AUGGAGUAACUCUUAUUGGAUAUAGUGAAUUUCGGGAUCUGUUGCUUUUUAGACGAUUAUGAAGUAUGAUUUAUACCUAAUUAAGUAUGAUCACCAUAUCUGAAUAAACUCAUUUCAGGACUCCUACCGUUAAUGUGGAAAUUGUAAUCACACGGCAAAUAUUUCACGGGAGACGACGACUCAGCGAUGUGGCGAAGUCCGAUCACGUGGAUACUAAUUUGGCGCGGCGUCUAAUUAUUAGCGGUCUGGUUCCAUGGAACAAGGAAACUAAGAUAAGGCUUCAGAGUCAAAUAUCUUCUGGAGAUCGUCGAAACUCCACCUAGACACCUAUUGUGAAAGGAUGUUUUCCUCCUCCGCUCGAAGAGCUGCUCUGGCAGCACCACCAGUACCGAUACUUCCUAUCUACAAUGUCGCACCACGAGCUGCUACCUAUCAAGCCCUUUCGAUCCGUUGCCAUCAGCGUCGAUUAUCCUCCUCUUCUUCGUCGAAACCCUCAAGCCCAGCAGAUGGACCAAAGAGAGUAGCGGAAGGGCAAACUGUUCCUGCAUCUCCAUCACAAGCAAGACCUGAUGGCGAGAAGAAGGCUCCUAAAGCGGGGAGAAAAAAGGCAAAGGAUGCUUCAACCAGUUCUGCAAAGAAAGACGAUACCGUGCACAAUUUACCUAGCGUGCCUAGUACCAGUCAUAUUGCGCCAAACCGUGAGUCGACAGAUUUCAUACAUCGACAGAAAAGGUUCUAACUUAUACUUUGCAGAAAUCGCCGCUUCCGCAUUUUUCUCCCUUCAUAGGCCCAUAUCGCUCACUAUGAACUUCCCUAAAGCUGUAACAGACGAAGCAUUCGCCGCUAUCUUCGCUCCACGAUCACGUCCAAAUAAACCACAAGAAGUGAUAGCUACACUAUCGAAUACACUUCAAUCUCUCGACACCGCCACGGGGUCGCUCAGACAACUUAAUAUUCAAGAUCAAUGGAACGAAGAAACGGAUGAGCUCCGCGCAGGGAUCACCGCUGAUUCCUACAGAGUCCAACAUCUCGACAAUGCCAGCGAAGUACCCCGUUCAAUGUUCGCCCGCAAAUACACACCAUUCUCCCCUCCACCCGCACCUGUCCCUAUGAGCACAGAGGAAUCCCUUGCCGCUGGCGCAGAAGCCGCUGCCGAACACGAGGAAGCGCAUCUCCCCCAACAACGGACCUACCAUACCCUCCUUACGAUCAACGAAUCCACCGACGCAAACGGCGAGGUUACAUACACAGCGGAAAGCGGCCCAAUAGUAUCAGAAGACCCACCUAGAAGUUAUCUCGAGCGCUCGAGAGUCCGUCGUAGGGAGCGAGCGACCAUGUGGGCUAUUAGUGUGAAGAGACAGCGGAAACUAAAGAUGAAGAAACACAAGUACAAGAAGCUCAUGCGCCGGACGAGGAAUUUGAGACGAAGAUUAGAUCGUAAUUAGUCUUUACUGUAUUUGGACAUGGAGAUCAUGAUUACAAUGGAAUCAUUUCUUAUAUUCUCUCCAGGGCUCACGGCUCCCGUUGUUAUUUUAGGACAUUUUGAGGAAUACAUGCGUGCAUAUCAGGGUUAUGGGUUUUCCUUAAUCUUUUUAGGAGUGGGAAAGGUGGGUUUGAACAUGGUAUGAGAGCAUAUGAAAUGAGAUGAAAUAAGUGAGUACCUAGGUAGCUAGUGAUUUAUCAAUAUCUAGGUAGCAAAUAGCACCUUAUAUAUCUUAUGGCUUCUCUAUCAGAGGUUCUUUGAU